AUGUUGCAAUCAGUUGGACUGAGGAUUGUCAGAAGGCCUUCAAUAGAAUCAAGGAAAUACCUAUCGAUGCCACUAGUUUUGGUUCCGCCAGAGCCAGGUAGACCCUUGUUACUCUACCUUGCAGUAUUAGAUGGAUCUUUCGGCUGCAUUCUGGGGCAGCAUGACGAGACAGGGAGAAAAGAGCAGGCUAUCUAUUAUCUGAGUAACAAGUUCACUCCAUAUGAGGCACGAUACUCUCUGCUAGAACGUACUUGUUGCGUUCUAACCUGGGUAGCUCAGAAGCUGAGACACUACUUCUGUACCUACACAACAUACCUCAUAUCAAGGAUGGAUCCCUUGAAGUAUAUCAUUCACAAUCUGGCUAAGUGGCAAAUCCUGCUGGGUGAGUUCGACAUCGUCUGUGUGACUCUGAAAGCGGUUAAAGUACAAGCCUUGGAAGAUCAUCUUGCCGAUAAUCCUGUGGGAAGAGAAUACGAACCCUUCAAAACGUAUUUUACCAAAGAAGAAGUGUUGUUCAUAGGAGAAUACAUUGCUAAAUCCUAUGACGGCUGGAGGAUGUUCUUUAACGGAGCAGCAAAUUUCAAAGGAGCCGGCGUUGGAGCUGUCUUAGUAUCGGAAACCAAUCAACAUUAUCCGUGGCAUGAGAAACUGUUAUUUGUCUUAUUGGGAUACUGCACCACAGUUCGCACAUCAACCGGGGCAACUCUCUACUUGCUGGUUUAUGGCACAGAAGUUGUUAUUCCUGCCGAGGUAGAGAUUCCUUCCUUGAGAAUCAUACAAGAAUCUAAGCUCAGCGAUUCAGAGUGGAUGAGGAGCCAUUAUGAGAAACUAGUUCUCAUAGACGGUAAAAGGAUGAAUGCAAAACUGGGGCAGAAUUUUGAGGAGGACCCUCAAAUUCCGAAGCAAGUUCAGCCGAUCACACCAUGUACAGCAGUCAGAGAUGCCAAUCCAUCUAAUAGGGUAGAAUUUUGA